UAAACCUUCCCUUUUGUCUGUCUGUUUCCAGACGAAGACUCAUCUCCCAACGCUCUUCGCUUGAAACGCUAGAGGACAUUGAGGAGAACGCUCCUCUUCGCAGAUGCCGGACCCUAUCGGGUUCACCCCGACCAAAGAGCUUUAAGAAGAUCCACUUCAUAAAGAACAUGAGGCAACAUGAUAUACGCAAUGGAAGGAUAGUCCUAAUCAGUGGCAGAAGAUCCUUCUAUAGUGUUUUUUCUGUCCUGCCAUAUCGAGAUUGUAGCCAAGCAGGGGAUGUGAAGCUGGAAGGAGGAGGGCGUCAGCGGCACCCGUCAGGAGGCGCCAAGGAGAUGCUGAUUGGACUGGAGGGAGUGGAGCUAGGAGCGGAUGGAAAGACUGUGUCCUACACCCAGUUCCUGUAUCCCACUAAUGCGCUGGGUGGUCGUAGGAACACCAUCGACUCCACCUCGUCCUUCUCUGCGUCUCGUAACGCCAGCCAUAGAAGCCUCAGUUUGGGCCGAGCCAACAGCAACCAGAGCAGCGUAGACACAGGGAAUGAUUUGGGGGAAUUUCGUGAGUACGAUCCCAACCUGCUAGAUGACCCGCAGUGGCCUUGUGGAAAACACAAGAGGGUCCUCAUCUUCCCCUCAUACAUGACUACGGUCAUUGAAUACGUCAAACCCUCUGACCUCAAGAAGGACAUGAACGAAACCUUCAAGGAGAAGUUCCCCCACAUCAGGCUUACCCUCAGCAAGAUUAGGAGCUUGAAAAGGGAGAUCAAAAAGUUGGCCCAGGAUGAAUGUGGUUAUGAGGAACCAACGGUGGCCAUGGCUUUCGUCUACUUUGAGAAACUGGUGCUUCACGGCAAACUGAACAAGCAGAAUCGUAAACUGUGCGCUGGAGCUUGUGUCCUACUGGCGGCCAAGAUUGGUGGCGAUCUCAAGAAACACGAGGUCAAGCACCUGAUAGACAAACUGGAAGAGAGGUUCAGAGUGAACCGCAGAGAGCUGAUAGCCUUCGAGUUCCCGGUGCUGGUGGCGUUGGAGUUCAACCUGCAGCUGCCAGAAAACGAGAUCAUGCCUCACUACAGACGCCUGCUGCAGACCUCCUAGCAUUAGUGAACCAUCAGGAGGACGCCCAGCUCCUUCUGAUCCUCUGCUUCCCACGGUAUUCAUCCCCCAUCCUCCAUCCUCUCUCUUUGCCACGUCUGACGGCUCCGAGGUUCAGCCGGCUGUCACUCACCUGCAGCCGACAACUCUCCUCCCUCUCAGGAGAUCUGAAAUCAGCCAAAGGGACACAUUUUCUAAAACGUUCCUCCCUUGUUUGACUUUAUUCAUCUUCACCACACAGACUUCUGACAGAAAUUGUUCAACCGUCUGCAAACAGGUUGUUUGCAUGUUUUAACGUCUUCAUAUUCACUUUGUAUAUUUCAAAGCUCUCUUGUUGAUUAAGAGAGCCUUUUUUGUUUGAAUCUGAUGGGGACAUUGUUGACAGUUAAAGCAACCAAUGAUUGUAACAUUUGGUCAUCUCUUUUCAUUAAUCUUCUCCAUGUAAACUCCGGUAUGAUUGGUUGCCUCUUGACUUGCAUAAAAUCUAAACAAAAGCCUUUUUAAGCGGCUGGUUUUGGCUGGACUUCCUCAGAGUGACUCGUGUUUUUCGCAAGUAAUCAUCUUAAAGUGCACUUUUUUAAUAUUGCGAGACAUAGAGGGAAAAGAUGCCGUUUUAAUGAGCUUGAACUAACCCUGGAAAAUAAGCUGUGUUCAUAAACACCACUCACAAGUCAUUUGAAAUAACGUUUUGGAUUAUUUAUCUCUUAUAGAUCGUUCACCAUUUUCUAUCUGCACGAAAAGUAUUGAUUGUUUGCAUACAGGUCCUUGCAGACAAGAUGGGACUUCCUAUUUUCACUGAAGUAUUCCAUUGAUUUUCUACCAUUCCUUUCAUUUUCUACCAUUCCUUUCAUUUUCUACCAUUCCAUUCAUUUUAUAUCAAAUGCUUGCUAUGGACUUAAUGAGACAAGACCCACUUUUAUCAGUGUUGAGUUUCCUGUGCUCUAUGUUAGAGUAUAUUGCUAGCACAUUUACAGUGCUAUAAACGGGGUCAGGAAGGCAGGUUUGAAGAGGUGUUCAUGAGUGCAAAAAUGCCAUUAAACAGUGAUCAGGAUUAGCAGCAGAUUGGCCACGUGGUGCUCUGGUAUUGAGAGUCAAUUACUUUACCUGGACUGAAACCCUGUGCAAGUAAUCCUCCGUCCUGCUGAAGUGUACUUCAGGCUUCAAGGACACUUUAUUUGUCCUGAUUCCUGAUCUCUGAGGCGGAGGAACAUCUUAACAAGAUCCUGACUGGAAUCAAUGAGGGAUCCAACAUUUUCAUAUCACUCGAAUCAGAGUUUGUUGAUUUGGAAAUAACAUUUUAGAAACAACAAAUAAUCUAACUAAUUAUAGUAUAGUUACAUUCAUUCGGCAUGUAUCUCAAGUUGAUUUCAGCUUCUUUAUAUUAGCUUAAACUAGUUUAACAAAAUACCACAGAGUAUUGAGGAAAAAGGUAUUUCAUGCUGCUCCAAGUAUUGACGAUAUGAGUUAACAUGAUCACAAUAUCAAAACAAAUUGUAAUGAGAAAAGCAUGGUGAUUAAAGGUCAAAAAAUGCUGAGCUUAUUUCUGUUUGCAAGCCCAAAGAGUUCGCUAUGAGAUGCACACUGAAGACUCUGUGAGGAAAGACUGGUGGGCAACUCUUAUUUCCUGUGUAUGUUUGUAAAUAAAUUGCUUUGCUUGUUCAAUCAAAAAAAGACUCUGGCAUGUUUUUACUUGAACAGAAAUUGCACUUUUUGCGUCAUUGCCCCCUCCCCAGGUCUAGUUCCUUUAACUCUUUAUACAGCAUACAGAAUCUUGUUUCUCUUUAAUGUCAAGUGAAGCACUUAACAGGUAAAAAGCAUGUUUUACUGCGUUAUUAAAAAUGUGGUUUGUUGUACCUGUAACCACACCCAACAUGUCAGAGGUCCUGGAGUUCACCUGUGGGUGUGGUUUUGUUUCUUCGAGGUCGUUGUGACAUAACUCUUGCAACUGUCAUCCGAUUUUGAAUAUAAUGUUUCUAAACUCUGAUUGGUGCAACCAAUAUGUGAUGUAAUACUUUACAGUCAAGGCCUGCCCGCUUCACUUCUUUGAAAAGAUCCUCAGCCAAAAUCCUAGCUAUAGAAAUCUCUCGUGAAUUAACACUUUUUUGGCAGAGAAGUUAUUGUUGUGAAACCAACACCCAUAGAAAGGGCCUGAUUGAGAAAGAAAUGUUGGAGGAUCUUCUAAUAUCUUUCCAAAAUCCAUUGUGCAAUGAACGUGUGGGAAGAUAAGAUUUACAGUGAAUACAGACUUACCUAAGAUAAUUGGGCUUAUUUUCACAAAGGUUUGUUACAUAAGAAUAUCCUUGGUUACUGUGGGAACAUUUCCCCCAGACUCGCCUGUUCAGGCUAGUUUUUAAGCGUUUUGCAGCUUCCCUUGCGGCUGAACCAUCGUUACAAUAAAUCUGCCAGACUGAGA